AUGCAAGAGGUCAUUGCUGGGCUGCAGCUGCUCACCUUCACCUUCGAGAAGGACGUAAAGAUGCAGAAGGGCACUGGCCUCCUGCCUUUCCAGGGCAUGGACAAGUUGGGCUCGGCUGUGUGCAACUUCUUCGCUAAAGGGCUCUGUGGCAAAGGGAAGCUCUGCCCGAUCCGGCACAACCAGGGGGAGAAGCUGUUGGUGUGUAAGCACUGGCUCUGGGGCCUGUGUAAGAAGGGCGACCAGUGCAGUUUCUUGCACCAGUACGCCGUCACCAGGAUGCCCGAGUGCUACUUCUACUCCAAGUUCGGUGACUGCAACAACAAGGAAUGUGCCUUUCUCCACAUGAAGCCAGCUUUCAAGACCCGAGACUGUCCUUGGUAUGACCAAGGUUUCUGCAAGGAUGGUCCCCCGUGUAAGCACUGCCAUGUCCGUAAGGCAAUGUGUGUUAACUUAGUGGGUUUCUGCCCCAAGGGCCCCCACUGCCAAUUUGCACAGUAA